AUGCUGCGGCGUUAUAGGCGCUGUAGUAUUUCUCUCAUUUCUCGACAACUGGAACAAUUUUCUACCAUUUUACACAGUUUUCUACCAUUUUCUACCAUUUUAUGCCGUUUUCUCCGUUUUCUCCUAAAAGGCAAUUUGGGUUUUUCCUGAUGCGCCCUCGGUGACAUCAUACGAUCGCAUCUACUUGUUAUCAUGCUCCUCCGUUCCAAAUUCACUGCUCCCCUUAAACGGCGCCUUCUUUCAACCAAAUCCUCGACAUAUAGUCCAUUCUCUUUCAGCAUGGCGAAGGCUUUGAUUCUACUUGCCGACGGUACGGAGGAGAUGGAAUUUACCAUCACCUACGAUACUCUUGUCCGAGCAGGCGUAUCAUGUACCUCUGCAUUUGUUCCAGCGCAUGAUCCUACCAAAGAGACCAGCACGUUCACAAAUCCACCUUUCGCGAAAGGCUCUCGCGGAAUCAACAUCCUUCCAGACUCCUACUUCUCGCCUCAGGAGUCGACACCCGAUAUGUAUGACCUACUUGUGAUUCCCGGCGGCGCGAAGGGCGCAAAGACGAUGUCAAGCAGCUCCCCUAUACAACACCUUGUCCGAGAAUACCUUCAACAGGACAAAUUUGUUGGCAUGAUCUGUGCAGGGAGUUUGGCUGCGCUCAGUUCAGGCCUUUCAAAGCGACCGUUAACCUCACACCCUAGCGUAAAAGCUCAACUUGAGAAACACUUCGAAUACUUGGAAGAUCCAGUUGUGGUUUCAGGCAAGCUAGUAACAAGUCGCGGACCUGGUACUGCCUUCCCGUUCGCGCUCACGUUGGUCGAGUUACUCUGUGGGAAAGAGAAACGAGCUGAGGUCGCGGGACCUAUGGUGUUCCCUCCUGGCACUUUUGCCUGAAAAAAACAGCAGAAGAUUACAAAUGGUAUGAAGCUUUAUUUGUUGGGCGUGUUUGUGUAUACUACAUUCAUCAUUUGCAUUUUCCCAGUAUCAGAAGAAUGUGACACCGUGUAUCAUAGGGAAUCAUUUUUGUGGAAUCUAUAGGUCUUUCUGAAUUUUC